GAGGGAACUGGGGUCUGAUCCCGGCGCACCUGACGGGUGGAGGAUUUACCUGGCCGUAUCGCCCUUAUCGGAUAACCGUAACCCUGCAAACACCAGCACAGGCCCCCAUUAUCCACACCAAGCACACGCUUCCCGGCGUCUGGUGCUACCAGGAGCCGCGGGCCUUGCGCGUGUGCCCGGCUGCUUGUAGCCAUGGCCAGUCAGGAGAAGCAGGUGCAACCAACAGGUGAUGAGAAGAGAGUGGUGGCGGAGGCCCCGGACCCGGGGGGAGCCCCGAACCUUGGCCCUGGAGUGCCCAUCCGGGGCAUCCGCAUGAAGUUUGCAGUGCUGAGCGGGCUGCUGGAGGUCGGGGAGGUCAGCACCAGGGACCUGGUGGACACCGUGUUUAACCUGCUUGUAGGUGGGCAAUUUGAUCUAGAGAUGAAUUUCAUCAUUCAAGAGGCAGAGAGCAUAAUCUGCAUGAUAGAACUGCUGGACAAAUGUGAUGUCACCUGCCAAGCGGAAAUAUGGAGCAUCUUCACUGCUAUCCUGAAGAAAAGCAUCCGCAAUUUGUUAGUGUGCACAGAAGUGGGUCUGGUCGAGCUAGUGUUGAAGAGAAUUGACAAAGUUGACAGCAUGAUUGCAGAUCUCCUGGUGGACAUGUUGGGUGUUUUGGCCAGCUACUGUAUCACUGUCCGAGAACUGAAGCUGUUUUUCAGCAAACUUCAAGGAGAAAAGGGACAAUGGCCUCCACACGCAGGAAAGUUAUUGUCCGUGUUAAAGCACAUGCCGCAUAAGUACGGGCCUGAGGCCUUCUUCAACUUUCCAGGGAAGAGUGCUGCAGCCAUAGCCUUACCUCCAAUAGCAAAAUGGCCAUAUCAGAACGGUUUUACUUUUCACACCUGGCUAAGAAUGGACCCGAUAAAUAACAUGAAUGUGGACAAGGCUAAACCUUAUUUAUAUUGCUUCAGGACAAACAAAGGUCUGGGUUAUUCGGCUCAUUUUGUUGGCGGCUGCUUAAUUGUCACAUCAAUAAAGUCCAAGGGAAAAGGCUUCCAGCACUGCGUGAAGUAUGAUUUCAAGCCACAGAAGUGGUAUAUGGUAACGAUAGUGCACAUCUACAAUCGAUGGAAGAACAGUGAACUGAGAUGUUACGUAAAUGGUGAACUGGCAUCCUAUGGAGAGAUCACAUGGCUUGUUAACACGAGUGACACUUUUGACAAGUGUUUCCUUGGCUCCUCGGAGACGGCGGAUGCCAACAGAGUGUUUUGCGGGCAGAUGACGGCGGUGUAUCUUUUCAGCGAAGCACUCAACGCUGCUCAGAUUUUUGCCGUCUACCAGUUAGGUCCGGGAUACAAGGGAACGUUUAAAUUCAAGGCAGAGAGCGACAGAUUUCUUGCCGAGCACCACAAGGUGUUGCUGUACGAUGGCAAACUGUCUAAUUCUAUUUCAUUUAUGUACAACCCAAAAGCUACAGAUGCACAGCUCUGCCUGGAGUCCUCUCCCAAAGACAAUCCAUCUAUCUUUGUUCAUUCUCCACAUGCCCUUAUGCUACAGGAUGUGAAGGCAGUCUUAACACACUCUAUUCAGAGUGCAAUGCAUUCCAUUGGCGGAGUGCAGGUUCUGUUCCCUCUCUUUGCACAGUUGGACUAUAAGCAAUACGGGUCUGAUAAUGUAGACACUUCCAUCUGUUCCACCCUUUUGACCUUCAUUUUGGAGUUGCUUAAAAACUCUCUUGCUAUGCAAGAACAGAUGCUUUCUUCAAAGGGCUUUCUUGUAAUAGGGUAUAGUCUUGAGAAGUCUUCCAAAACUCACGUGACUAAAGUUGUACUGGAGCUGAGUUUGGCAUUUGCGAAAUACCUAAGUAGCCUGCACAAUGGUGUGCCCUUACUCAAACAGCUGUGUGACCACAUUUUACUGAACCCAGCAAUAUGGAUUCACACGCCGUCCAAGGUCCAGCUGGCUUUGUACACAUACAUGUCUACAGAUUUCAUCAGCACAGUAAACAUUUACAAUGCAGUGCGCAGGGUUGGCACGGUUCUCCUGGUGAUGCAUACCUUGAAAUACUAUUACUGGAUCGUUAAUCCUCAGGAUCGCAGUGGAAUAGCCCCAAAGGGCUUGGAUGGUCCACGACCCAAUCAGAGGGAAAUCCUAUCUCUCAGAGCCUUCCUGUUGAUAUUUAUCAAACAGUUAGUGAUGAAGGAUUAUGGCGUCAAGGAGGAUGAGUUGCAGGCAGUUUUAAACUAUCUGUUGACCAUGCAUGAGGAUGACAACCUGAUGGAUGUUCUUCAACUGCUUGUUGCGCUGAUGGCGGAGCACCCAAGCUCCAUGAUCCCAGCAUUCGAUCAAAAGAACGGAUUGCGGGUUGUUUACAAACUGCUGGCAUCAAAGAGUGAAGGAAUAAGAGUUCAGGCCUUGAAAGUGUUGGGAUACUUUCUGAAGCACCUGUCACCAAAGAGGAAAGCUGAAGUCAUGCAGGCUCAUGGAUUAUUCUCCCUUCUUGCUGAGCGACAGUUGCUGCAUACAAACAUGAUUACCAUUACCACAUACAAUGUGCUGUUUGAGAUUCUUAUAGAGCAAAUUUGUACCCAGGUAAUACAUAAACAACAUCCUGACCCAGAUUCAUCAGUAAAGAUACAAAAUCCUCUGAUACUCAAGGUCAUUGCUACCCUGCUGCGGAAUUCACCUCCGUGCCCUGAAGUUAUGGAAGUUCGGCGCGUAUUUCUCUCAGACAUGAUAAAACUUUUUAAUAAUAGCAGAGAAAACCGAAGGAGCCUUCUGCAGUGCUCUGUAUGGCAGGAAUGGAUGCUCUCCCUCUGCUAUUUUAACCCCAAGAACUCAGAUGAGCAGAAAAUUACAGAGAUGGUGUACGCUAUCUUCCGCAUUCUUCUUUAUCAUGCCAUCAAAUACGAGUGGGGUGGAUGGCGUGUUUGGGUAGACACCAUCUCCAUAACGCAUUCAAAAGUUACUUUUGAAAUGCACAAAGAGAGCUUAGCGCAAGUUUUUAGUGAAUAUGAAGAUAGAGUUGGUGGGGAAAUUGGGCCUGGACCUUCAAGCCCUAUACGCACAGUGUCUAGAAGCAGCACAGAGACCAGGCCUCAGACCCCGCCUAUGGAGUUAGUGGAAGCUAUUACCACCCCAGAUUGUUCAGAGGAAGUAGAAGAGGUUUGCGCAACAGAAACAGAACAAGAAAGUGAUCCCCAUCCUUCUGCUACUGAAACCCCAGAGAACAAAGCCGAAGCCAAUGCAAUUGACGUCGAGAAAGCACUUAAUGAGAAUUUGUCCAGUGAAGAAGUAACCGAUAACACAGAAAAAUCUACAGCUGAAGGAAUGACAGCCAAAGGUGCUGAUGGAUAUGAGGUCAUUGAGGCAACCUCCUCAGUUGGUGCUAAGGAUGAACAUGUAGAGACAAACUUCCAAGGUGACACAUCAGACGUCUCCGUUGCCAAAGAAGGCAAAACAAAUGGCGUUGGUGGUGAAGAUAGCCCAGUGCCUGCUGUAGACCAACAUCUUCCAGUUGUUUGUGAGAACUCUGAAGUGCAGCAGGAAGCAAUAAGCCCAGCAGAGAUUAAUAGUGAGAAGGUGACCCCACUCUUAGAAUGCACUGUAGGGACUGAUGCUUCCACAGCACAGUCUGACAACCUGUCUACUGACACUAAUGAAACUUGCUCUCCCGACACUGCCACUUCAGAAAUCGCAGAGGCAACCUCUACAUCAAAUAAUGACGGUUUGGGUGCAAGCGCUGACGAAGUUAAAUCUGACUCUGUAGUGAGCCCAAAUGACAGUGGUUAUAGAACAAGUGUUUUAGAUGUCUCCCAAAUCUCUGAAAGAAAAAUUGCAAAGCUGGAUGUUGCUAGCAUCGCUUCCGAUACAGAGAAUCUGGAAUUAAAGGCAAGCACAAGCCACGAGGCAAACCAGCCUGCAGGAGCUGAGGCAACCAAACCACUAACGCCAGAAGCAGAGCGAGGUGCUUCCUCAGACAGCCAGAGAAGAGACUCUAGAUCUACAAUGUUCCGCAUUCCUGAAUUCAAAUGGUCAAUGAUGCACCAGAGGCUUCUUACUGACCUCUUGUUUUCAAUAGAAACAGACAUACAGAUGUGGCGGAGCCACUCCACCAAGACUAUAAUGGAUUUUGUGAACAGCAGUGAUAAUGUAAUUUUUGUGCACAAUACAAUCCACCUCAUCUCUCAGAUAACAGACAACAUGAUCAUGGCUUGUGGUGGUAUUCUUCCAUUGCUUUCUGCAGCCACAUCUGCUACGCAUGAACUGGAGAAUAUUGAGCCUACUCAAGGACUGUCCAUAGAGGCCUCUAUCACGUUCCUGCAGAGAGCAAUUAGCCUGGUGGACGUGCUUAUUUUUGCAAGUUCUCUGGGCUUUACGGAUAUUGAAGCUGAAAAGAACAUGUCUUCUGGGGGAAUUUUGCGCCAGUGUCUUCGAUUAGUCUGUGCUGUUGCUGUAAGAAAUUGUCUGGAGUGUCAGCAGCACUUACAAGCAAAAUACACAGAAAACCCAAACAACCCAAAGGCGAUCCAGGGCAUGGUGGGAACAGCCAAGUCUACGGCUAAGAGCCCAAUUGAUAUUGUGACAGGAGGGAUUUCUCCCGUGCGAGACCUUGACAGGCUUCUACAAGACAUGGAUAUAAACCGCUUAAGAGCUGUGGUCUUCAGAGAUGUGGAGGACAGCAAACAGGCACAAUUCCUAGCACUGGCUGUUGUGUACUUUAUUUCGGUGCUCAUGGUAUCAAAAUACAGAGACAUCCUGGAACCUCAAAAUGAAAGGAAGCCACCUUCAGCCAGCAAGCCUGCAGUGGACACAGAGAAUGCUAGUGCAGAUACUGGCUCCACAGCCCAGCAAGAGGGUGUUGCUGGAGUUCCAUCAGGACCACCACCAUCUGCUGAAGAUGUGACUAACGAACCCAUGAGAAGAAGAGAUUCUGGGAUUGGGGAGGAAACCGUUUCGGGCCCUAGCACUGGUUCAGACAUAGUGACUGAAGCUGGUCCGGAUCCUGUGAGUUCAGGCCCUGAUGCCAUUAGCGAAGUGCUGUAUACACUUUCUUCUGAGGUCAGAAAAUCAACUCCGGAGCCUGGAGACAGUGGAGUGAGUGAGCAGCUGCCUGCAAAAAAUGUCAAUGUCAAAGACAUUCUCCGGAGCCUUGUGAGCACACCUGCUGAUGAUGCCAUUGUAGACCCUGCUGUUUUACCGCCAUCUUUCCUUGGUGCUCUUGGAGAUUCGGCAGCUGAGCGUUCGGUGCAAUUCAGAUCCUUUGACAGGAGUGUUGUCAUUGCUCCAAAGAAAUCUUUCUCCCCAUCUCCAGCUAAUGUUGCUGCCGUCCCACAAGCGGUCAGCGUGGUGUCAUCAGUGGAUGCUUCUCAGGCAGCAGAGGCCGACAGAGAAUCUUCUGGCAGUGCAUCCUCAAACUCGAAGCUUCCCUCUGUCCAGACGGUGGCCUCUGUACCUCAAGACUCUGCUUCGCACAUGAGUAUUACAGAGCGGUUGGAGCAUGCGCUGGAGAAGGCUGCCCCGCUGCUGAGAGAAAUAUUUGUGGAUUUUGCCCCGUUCCUUUCUCGCACUCUUUUGGGAAGCCAUGGUCAAGAGUUACUCAUUGAAGGAACAAGCCUGGUUUGCAUGAAAUCAAGCAGCUCCGUGGUAGAAUUGGUCAUGCUUCUGUGCUCUCAGGAAUGGCAGAACUCUAUACAGAAAAAUGCAGGACUUGCUUUCAUUGAGCUGGUUAAUGAAGGAAGGUUGCUGAGCCAAACCAUGAAAGACCAUCUGGUGAGAGUGGCCAAUGAAGCAGAAUUUAUCUUAAGCAGGCAGCGGGCAGAGGAAAUACACAGACAUGCAGAAUUUGAGUCAUUAUGCGCCCAGUAUUCAGCAGACAAACGUGAAGAUGAAAAGAUGUGCGACCAUUUAAUAAGGGCUGCCAAGUACAGAGAUCAUGUGACUGCAACCCAGCUCAUACAGAAAAUAGUCAACAUUCUCACUGACAAGCACGGAGCUUGGGGCAACUCUGCGGCAAGCCGUCCUCGUGAGUUCUGGCGCCUUGACUACUGGGAAGAUGAUUUGAGGCGCCGCAGACGUUUUGUGCGGAACCCCCUCGGCUCGACACAUCCUGAAGCGACACUCAGAGCAGCCGUAGAGCGUGAUUCAGAUGAAGAAACCAUAAUAAAAGGAAAACAGUCCUUCAAGUCUCAGGUUAUAGGAGGAUCUGGCUCUGAAAACGAAAGCCUCUUGGAAGGAGAUGAUGACACCUUGUCUUCCCUGGAGGAGAAAGACUUGGAAAACCUUACAGGUCCGGUCAGCCUAUGCACUCCUGCACAGUUAGUGGCCCCCUCAGUGGUGCUAAAGGGGACCCUCUCUGUCACCUCCUCGGAGCUCUACUUCGAGGUGGAAGAAGAUGACCACGGCUUUAAGAAAAUCGAUCCAAAGAUUCUUGCAUACACGGAGGGCCUGCAUGGAAAAUGGCUCUUCACAGAAAUACGUGCAAUUUUCUCUCGUCGUUACCUUCUGCAAAACACAGCGCUGGAGAUAUUCAUGGCAAACAGGGUUGCGGUUAUGUUCAACUUCCCAGACCAGUCAACCGUGAAAAAGGUUGUUCACUGUCUUCCCAGAGUUGGAAUCGGCACGAAUUUUGGACUGCCUCAGACAAGGCGAAUUUCGCUAGCUACUGCCCGCCAGAUCUUCAAAGCUUCAAAUAUGACUCAGCGCUGGCAGCACAGAGAAAUUUCAAACUUCGAAUACUUGAUGUUUCUGAACACAAUUGCUGGGCGUUCUUACAAUGACUUGAAUCAAUAUCCGGUAUUUCCCUGGGUUAUCACCAAUUAUGAAUCAGAAGAGCUGGACCUCACCCUACCCAGCAACUUCAGGGAUUUAUCCAAGCCUGUUGGGGCGCUGAAUCCUAAGCGAGCUGCCUUCUUUGCUGAACGCUACGAAUCCUGGGAAGAUGACCAAGUUCCUAAGUUCCACUAUGGCACACACUACUCAACGUCAGGUUUUGUCCUCAGCUGGCUUCUAAGAAUGGAACCAUUCACAACAUUUUUCCUGAAUUUGCAAGGUGGUAAAUUUGAUCACGCAGAUAGAACUUUUUCAUCAGUUUCCAGAGCAUGGCGAAACUCCCAGCGGGACACCUCUGAUAUCAAGGAGCUGAUUCCAGAAUUCUACUACCUUCCUGAGAUGUUUGUAAAUUUCAACAAUUACAAUCUUGGUGUGAUGGAUGACGGCACAGUGGUAUCCGAUGUGGAGCUUCCUCCAUGGGCCAAAACACCAGAACAGUUUGUUCGCAUAAACAGACUGGCUCUGGAGAGUGAGUUUGUCUCAUGUCAGCUUCACCAAUGGAUUGACCUGAUUUUUGGCUACAAGCAGCAAGGCCCAGAGGCUGUGAGAGCGCUCAACGUGUUCUACUAUUUGACCUACGAAGGGGCAGUCAAUCUCAACUCGAUAACUGAUCCCAUUUUACGAGAGGGUGUGGAAGCCCAAAUUCGGAGUUUUGGACAAACGCCUUCUCAACUGUUAAUAGAACCGCAUCCUCCCAGGAGCUCGGCAAUGCAAGUGACUCCACUGAUGUUUACAGACCAAGCUCAACAUGAUGUGAUCAUGGUUCUAAAGUUCCCAUCCAACUCUCCGGUUACUCACAUUGCAGCCAACACUCAGCCUGGGCUGGCUAAUCCGGCAGUCAUUACAGUUACUACUAACAGACUGUUUGCUGUGAAUAAGUGGCACAGUCUACCUGCUCAUCAAGGUGCAGUGCAGGACCAGCCGUACCAGCUGCCGGUGGAAAUCGAUCCUCUCAUAGCUAGUAACACUGGAAUGCACAGGAGACAAAUCUCUGACCUUUUAGACCAGAGCAUCCAGGUCCACUCCCAAUGUUUUGUCAUAACAGCUGACAAUCGCUUCAUCCUAGUCUGCGGCUUUUGGGAUAAAAGUUUCCGUGUAUAUUCGACUGACACAGGUAAACUGACUCAGGUGGUGUUUGGCCACUGGGAUGUGGUGACCUGCUUGGCCCGGUCGGAGUCCUACAUCGGAGGAGACUGCUACGUCUUGUCUGGAUCACGAGACGCUACGUUGUUGUUGUGGUAUUGGAACGGCAAAAACAACGGCAUCGGAGACAAUCCAAGCAAUGAAUUUGCCACUCCACGUGCAAUUUUGACAGGCCACGACUGUGAAAUUACCUGCUCCACUGUCUGUGCAGAGUUGGGUUUGGUUAUAAGUGGCUCCAAAGAAGGUCCAUGUUUGAUACAUUCUAUGAAUGGAGACCUUUUGAGGACCCUCGAGGCUCCAGUGAAUUGCUUGCGACCAAAACUGAUCCAGGCUUCAAGAGAGGGCCACUGUGUUGUUUACUAUGAAAAGGGCCUUUUCUGUGUCUUCAGUGUGAAUGGAAAACUUCAGGCCACCAUGGAAAUUGAGGAUAAUACAAGGGCAAUCCUGCUUAGUCGAGAUGGACAGUACCUGCUCACAGGAGGAGAUAGCGGAGUAGUCAUCGUGUGGCAGGUAUCUGACAUGAAGCAACUCUUUGCGUAUCCAGGCUGUGAUGCUGGGAUCCGUUCUAUGGCCUUGUCUUUUGAUCAGAGGUGCAUAAUGACUGGCAUGGCAUCUGGGAGCAUUGUGCUUUUCUACAACGAUUUUAACCGCUGGCAUCAUGAGUACCAGACCCGAUACUGAUACAGACACAAGGAUCUAUCACUAGAAAUGAUAUACAUCACCUACUGAAGCACUGAUUCUCCUUACUCCUCUUACAAGGCGGUUUCGCAAGCAAACGAGCAGGACGCCACUGCGUUUGGUCCUUAUAAAUACUUAUGCUACAUCUGAAUGUAAUUUAAAUGAAAUUUAAAUUAGCAAACUAUUUUUAGAAGUAACUGCUAUUUUUCUAGAUCUUGCUUUACUUUUUUUGUGGGGAAAGGGUAACGGCAGCAAACAUAACAGCUGCUGGGUUCUGUAGUAAAAUCAAAUACAUAUACAAAUAUAGAUAUAUUUUUUAGUCCUAAUGGAGAGUCUAUUUUCAUCUAUGUGAGGGACAAAUGCCUAAAUAUGAUGGUUAAAUACACAUAUUGCAGGUCUUUCAUAGUGGCUGUGGCUAGCUUUCUGUAAUUUUAAUUUUAACAGACUGGCAGAGUUAUUUGGGAAAAUAAAACUGCGUAACCUUA